ACCACAACCCAAAGGACGUAGUGGAAGCAUCUGUGUGCCAUGUGAAGGACCUGGAGAACGGACAGUAAGUGCCUAAAAUCUUCAUAGGUAAUUUUAAAAAACCCAGAAGAGAGCUUAGAGCCAAAACCAAACCUUCUGCCUGGUUCUUCAGUUUCUUGAGAUGAUAAUUUAACUUAGUAAAUACCAUCAUAGGUGAGUGACACCAACUGCUCUUUACCCCACCGAUGUGAUCUUGAGGGUCUGAGCUCACCAUUCUGAGCUCUACACGGUGCAGAUGUAGCCUGAUGGCUGCUGGGGUUAUUGCAGCAAGGAGAUGCUGGGUGCUCAUGGAGACAACUUCUGCUGGCCAUGUUUGGGGCGUUCCUAAAAGAGUGUGCUCUGCUUUGUUGCAAGAAGGAGGUUGGAAAACUAGGGCUUAGAUAAAUACAUUGCCUGGAAAUGUGCAGUACAACAGAGCAAGAAGUUGCUGAGGGUGAGGAGUGUGUAAGAAUCAUGAAGGUUGAGAAAGAUCUCUAAGACCAUCUGUCCUUUACUUACCUGGCUGUAGCAGAAAGCUCUUUGGUCAAACAGGCAACUGCUAAAGCAAAGGCUGGAAACUGGAUCAGUCAGGAAUCUGAGCUUACACUCCAGCUGUGAGUACAUUUAACUAUUGAAACCUGUUACCAAGCACUACAGCAACCUUCCAGCAGCAGGUAGACAUUUUAAGUUGAGAAUGGCUCUUCUAGUGUCUAGCUCGAAGUAGAGGUAUGUGAGAAGGUCUCAUGGCUCAUAAGCAAUGGGUGAGGCCAGAGGAGUCCCUUCCUCCUCUGGAACUCAGAGGGAUACUUCAGGGUGCUGAUUUCAAGGGUAAGAGAACAGAGUGCCCCCCGUGGGGUCAGCACAGCCGUGAGGCACUUGUCACCCUCUGGGUCUUUGGGACUGAGCACAUGAUGGGGAGUUUGCAGCUUCCUGUGUAUUGCCUUUGAGAUGCCAGCUCUUGUUUUUGCCUCUUUCAGAUCACACAGUUCCUUGGGUAAGUUGUAAACUCUCACACUUAUCUUAUCUCCCUACAAAGUUAUGGUUGUCAUUUAACGAGAAGCACAGGUUUUAUCUGAAGUGCUGAGGAAUGCAGCAGGACUUGUACUGCUCUAUGUGAGUUGUGCUGACUGAAGGACAUCCCAGAGCCAAGUGUCCUGCUUGGGAGUGGGGCUGCCAGCUGGGGGGGCAGAUGGCUCCCAGGGCAAGCAGAAUGAGCUCCCUGCCCCUCUGCUUCCCCCCAUAUCUGCACUUCGCUCUGGAUUUCAUGGGGUGUCUCAGGGCUGGCAAGUGGGAGAUCUCUGCGUCUCUCUACAGGUACCUGAAUGGAGGUUGAAACCAGGAGGGGGUCAUUCUCCUGUCUUAAGUGACAAGGGAUAGGAUGCCAGGAAAUGGCCAAGGGGAUGUUCUGAUUGGGUGUCAGAAAGAAUUUAAUCAUGGAGAGGAUGGUCUGGCAGUGGACUGGGCUGCCGAGAGAGGCAACAGAGUCCCUGUCCCUGGAGGAUGCGUGAGGUGGACCUGGGCUGUGGGAAGGCACUGCUGAUCAAGGAAGGUGGCGAGUUCUAUGCCAUGGGACACAAAUGCCCCCACUAUGGGGCCCCGCUGGUUAAAGGGGUUUUGUCCAAAGGAAGGGUCCGUUGCCCCUGGCAUGGGGCUUGCUUCAACAUUGGCACUGGUGACAUUGAGGACUUUCCUGGCUUGGACAGCCUGCCCAGGUUCCAGGUGAAGAUUGAGAAGGAGAAGGUGUACAUCCGGGCAAGCAAGCAGGCUCUUCAGACACAGAGGAGGACAAAGAUGAUGGCAAAGUGCAUCUCCUUGAGCAACUACAACCUGAGCAGUACCAAUGUGCUGAUCAUCGGUGCAGGUGCAGCUGGGUUAGUCUGUGCAGAGACCUUGCGCCAGGAGGGUUUCUCAGACAGGAUUGUAAUGUGCACGAUGGACAGGCACCUGCCCUACGACAGACCAAAGCUCAGCAAGUCAAUGGAUUCCCACCCAGAGCAGAUCGCCCUGCGCCCCAAGGAGUUCUUCCGCACGUACGACAUUGAAGUCCUGACUGAAAUGCAGGCUGCGGCUGUGGAUAUCAAGAACAAGACGGCUGUGUUCAAGGAUGGAUUUAAGAUGGAGUAUAACAAACUGCUGAUAGCGACUGGAAACACGCCCAAAGCUCUCAGCUGUAAGGGCAAGGAAGUGGAAAAUGUUUUCAACAUCCGGACACCGGAGGAUGCGAACCGUGUGGUGAAGUUGGCCACCAGCAAGAACGUGGUUAUAGUGGGCGCUUCCUUCCUUGGGAUGGAGGUGGCUGCCUACCUCACAGAGAGGGCCCACUCGGUGUCCGUGGUGGAGCUGGAGGAGGUCCCAUUCAAGAAGUUCUUUGGAGAGAGAGUUGGCCGCGCUGUCAUGAAGAUGUUCGAGAGCCACAGGGUGAAGUUCUACAUGCAGACCGAGGUGUCGGAGCUCCGGGAGCAGGAGGGCAAGCUGAAGGAGGUGGUGCUGAAGAGUGGGAAGGUCCUGCGCGCGGAUGUUUGUGUUGUCGGUAUAGGCGCAGUGCCAGCGACAGGAUUUCUCAAGCAGAGUGGCAUCAACAUUGACUCCAAAGGCUUCAUCGUGGUCAACAAGAUGAUGCAGACCAACAUCCCUGGAGUGUUUGCAGCUGGUGAUGCUGUCACGUUCCCACUGGCCUUGAGGAACAAUAAGAAAGUGAAUGUCCCCCACUGGCAGAUGGCCCAUAUGCAUGGCCGUAUUGCAGCACUGAAUAUGCUGGCCCAUGGCACGGAGAUCAGCACAGUCCCCUAUUUGUGGACUGCAAUGUUUGGGAAAAGCAUUCGAUAUGCAGGCCAUGGAGAAGGAUUUGAUGAUGUCGUCAUUCAAGGGGACUUGGAUGAAUUGAAGUUUGUUGCAUUUUAUACCAAGAGUGAUGAGGUGGUGGCUGUGGCUAGCAUGAACUACGACCCCAUUGUCUCCAAGGUGGCUGAGGUCUUGGCUGCUGGCAGGGCCAUCCGAAAGCGUGAUGUGGAAACUGGAGAUAUGUCCUGGCUCACGGGGAAAGGCUCCUAACACAGACGUGGCUGCAACCUCCUGACGCUGCGCUGGCCUCGAGGAGAUGGGGAUGGCUGCAGCUCCACGGCACGAUACAAAUAGUGCACCCGAGUCAUUUUCCCUUGAGACUUGGCUGAACCCAGCCUCUUUCACCCAGCAGUCACCUUCCCAGCAGCUCUGUGCAUGCAAACCGCCGCCAGCACUCCUGGCCCCGCAGCCUCCGAGUGUGGGGUCAGCAGGUGGAAUUCCCACUGGAAAGUCAGGAAAACAGACCUUGGGUUUGGCACCAGCAUGGCUGGCAGGGAGCUGCAGACUGCUGACACGGGUGCCACGGUGCUGAUGGGUGCCACAUCCAUGCUCUCCAAGCGGCACAACGAGAGCCCCAAGCACAUCCCUUCACCCUAUGAAGAGCAUGAGUGCCUUUUGUCGCCCUCUGUGGCCAGGACAUGCUCUCAAGCACAUUGUCCCUUCCUAAAUCCUCUUUCCUUCCCCUGGAGCCCAGCAACCGCACCUUCUCCUUAGUGGUUACUGAAGGAUUGACAUUGCUGCUGACGUGCUACUCCAGGAAGAAGAGCUGGAGGAGUAUUUCUGGUUGUUCUCUGUCCUUCAUCACAUAUUCUUCCUGUUGCCUGGUGACAGGGCUACAUAUCUCAUCUCAUCUGCCAGUGUCAGUGCUCUGUGGCCAUGCUUGCUGCCCCUGGCUGUCAGAAGGGCCCUGGCUCUUGCUUAGGCGUGGAGGUGGCAAGUCCAGAGCCCUGUGUUUGUAGCCCUAGCAGAGCCAGGUGUGAGAUUCCCCCAUGGACAGCUUCCAGUCCUGUCCUUUGGGAGCUUUGUUCCCCACCUGUCACUGCAUUACCCUCAGCCCAAAGCCAUAAAAUUGUUAUUUUCAGUUUGAUUCACCCACCCCCAUGAAUGAAAGCGGUGCUCCUGUUGUGAUCCA